AUGCCGAUCUCUGCCCCAUCCUUUUUCUUCCAGUACACUGGGCCCCGUCUAGCAAGAAGUGAACAGAAAGAAUGGAGACGAUAAAUAUUGAAAUCCUGAUACUUCAGGUGGCAUGGAGGGCCGUAAGAUUGGAGGCCACACAUAUUUCCCAGAGGCUCUUGAGGUGGCUUCAAACUUCACCCGCUUUGGCUUCCGGUUCUGGUCUCCGUCUGUGGCGUUUAAAUCUCGCGCGCUUCACAUGGAUUGGCUACAUCAGGGAGUGUUUGGCUUCCUGCCCGCCGCCACCCUUCCUCGCCUUUUUCCCCGGGCAAAAGGUUUUCAAAUUUGACCAAUCGGCGAGCACGCUCCCUCAGUGGAGGCGCGUUACCGAAGGGUUAACCGCAACCAACCGGAGGCGGGUAUUAGAGAAAAGAGCCAAUCAGACGGGCGCGGGGGUGUGCCCUGGGGGGCUUAUAAGGGCAGCACUCGGGCGCGCGCGGUAGCAGUUGGACUGCGGCGAUCGGUCGUGCGUUGGUGGUAAUUUCUGCUGAUUGGUCUUCACACCCCUUCUACCUCGGGCAGUAUGUCGGGCCGCGGCAAGACUGGCGGCAAGGCCCGCGCCAAGGCCAAAUCGCGGUCGUCGCGCGCCGGCCUCCAGUUCCCAGUGGGCCGGGUGCACCGGCUGCUGCGAAAGGGUCACUACGCCGAGCGGGUCGGCGCCGGGGCGCCGGUGUACCUGGCGGCGGUACUCGAGUACCUCACGGCCGAGAUCUUGGAGCUGGCGGGCAACGCGGCCCGCGACAACAAGAAGACGCGCAUCAUCCCCCGCCACCUGCAGCUGGCCAUCCGCAACGACGAGGAGCUCAACAAGCUGCUGGGCGGCGUGACGAUCGCCCAGGGAGGCGUCCUCCCCAAUAUCCAGGCCGUGCUGCUGCCCAAGAAGACCAGCGCCACCGUGGGGCCGAAGGCGCCCGCGGGCGGUAAGAAGGCCACCCAGAGCUCCCAGGAGUACUGAGCGGCGUCCCCGCCGCCCCCGGCCGCCCGCCCUUCCUAUGCCACCACAAAGGCCCUUUUAAGGGCCACUGCAGCCUUCACGGAAAGAGCUGGGCCUGGACCACUCGGGCCCCGGGACGGGCGGCCUCGGCGCUCCCUCCCUCGGGCUGCCGCGGCCGCCCCUUCCCGCCGCAGGCCCCGCGGCCGCUUCCUUUCCGCGGAGGGCGGGGGCUGGGGGCGCGGCCGCCCUCGUGACUCAGCCGCCCUGCUCUCGGGACUGCUGACGGGCUGCGGAGACGCCGCGGCACCUCCCGGAAGAGUGGCGGGCCGCUCCGAGGCAGGGCCGGCCCCGAGCGUGAGUGGGCGCCGCCGGCCGCCGGCGUCUGCUGCCGCUUCCGCGGCGUGGUGCUUAGGCCGGUGCAUUGCGGACGUACGCUGAGCGCCAGGCUUUGGCGGGAGAGGAACCCUCCACUUGGUUGGCCCUGGCGCCCCCUUUGCUGCCAAGCCCCGGGGCUUUCGCAGCGCGCGCGGCCGCCUGAGGGGCGCGGGCCCGAGGCCGAUCGGCAGCCAGGCCCCCGGGCCUACCCCCUCGCCCCGUUUCCCUUCCAGCAGCUCACCUGGCACGCCCAGCACCGAGGUACCAGCACAAGCCCGUUGCCCGCUGUCCGGACUGAGCCUAUGUUGGCCUCCGAACUGGAAUUUUGCAGCUAUCUUACCCAAGACUUGUUCCUUAGGUAUUGGGGAGUUUCAGAGGGACUAAUUUUGUUUAUUAAAGGUUUUUUUUUUUAA